CCCGGGCCCGGCCAGCGGCGGCCGCAGCGGCGGCUCGGGCUCCCUGCGCCGCGGUGCUGCUCCUGGCCAGGCGCCUGCAGCUCAGGACACAUCUCAACUGCGCCCCAAGCCAAGCCUCGUCUGUCUUUUCAAGCUCUUCAUGCCACCCAACUAAGAGAGAAAAUGGGCACGGGGGAUUUUAUCUGCAUUUCCAUGACCGGAGGGGCGCCCUGGGGGUUCAGAUUGCAAGGUGGCAAGGAGCAGCAGCAGCCCUUACAAGUGGCUAAGAUUCGAAGCCAGAGCAAAGCUUCUGGGUCUGGCCUCUGUGAGGGGGAUGAAGUGGUUUCUAUCAAUGGCAACCCUUGUGCGGACCUCACCUACCCCCAAGUCAUCAAGCUCAUGGAGAGCAUAACAGACUCUCUCCAAAUGCUUAUCAAAAGACCAUCCAGUGGAGUAAGUGAGACUUCCGUCUCUGAAACUGAAAACAAAACCCCUGGGCAUCUCACCCAUGAAGGGCAUGUGGAAAGUACCACCCUGCAGAUUCGGCCGGCGGCAAAGAGCCAGCACAGAGAAGUCUACGUUGCCUCGGUCAGGAGUGGGGCUCCCCGAGCUGAGGACCAAGGGAGUGGUCCUGGUUUUUCUGGGAGCAUAAAAGAAGCAACAGGCCUGAGCUACCAUGUGGCCCCCCAAAUGCCUGACUCCCAAAGAGGAUGCUUAGCAGAGGAGAUUAUCUUAAGGGAGAAAGCAGAAGUUGGGCAGCCAGGCCCUGUGGUUGAGCUACAACUGUCCCUUUCACAAGAGAGACACAAGGUCACGAAUGUCCCCGUGGUGGCUCUCCUGGGGUCUGAAAAAUCCAAGUCUCCUGAGCCAGAUCCUCAUGUACAACACGACGGGAUUGUCCACAUAAAUUCAGUCCCCACUGCUGAGAAAGGGGAGCCUUCUCUGAGGUCCAGCAAGAUAAUCCAGAUCUCCAGUGGCAAAGAGUUAAAAGUGAUCCAGGGAAGUGAAGCGGGAGACACGGGGCUGCCCCGAGUGGAAGUGAUACUCGACUGCUUGGAGAGGCAGCCGACGGGAGGGUGCAGGCUUCAGGCAGGAAAGGGGUGUGUGGAUUCCCCGGGGGAAGGAGGGCAGUCCGAAGCACCUCCUUCUCUGGUAUCCUUUGCAGUCUCAUCAGAAGGCACAGAGCAGGGAGAGGAUCCACGCUCGGAAAGGGAUCACAGCAGACCUCACAAGCACAGAGCACGCCACGCACGGCUCAGGAGGAGUGAAAGCCUAUCAGAAAAGCAGGUGAAAGAAGCGAAGUCUAAAUGCAAAAGCAUUGCCCUCCUUCUUACAGACGCCCCCAACCCCAACUCCAAGGGGGUGUUGAUGUUUAAGAAGCGCCGCAGGCGGGCCAAGAAGUACACCCUGGUCAGCUACGGCACCGGUGAGCUUGAGCGCCAGGCCGGCGAGGAGGAGGAGGAGGAGGAGGAGGGUGACAAAGAGGAGCCUUGCGACACAGCACUUCUGGGCACGAGUGAAUCGGAGGUGGAGGAAGAGUUAGCGUCCGACAUCGACGACAGAGCGCAGGUUGUGAGCUUUGACUGGGAUUCGGGACUAGCGGACUUCGAAAAGAAGCUGAACAGAGGGGACGCGAUGGAGAUGCUGCCGGACACCUCGGGCAAGGGCGCCCUCAUGUUCGCCAAGAGGAGGGAGCGAAUGGAUCAGAUCGCGGCCCAGAAGGAGGAGGAGAGGGUGGGUGCGAUGCCAGGCCGGGAGCCAGGUGCUGCGCGCACGGACGGCCUGAGGGCCGCGGCUUCUUACCAGAGGAAGGAGGAAGCGUCUGUAAGAACGCAGAGCUCGGUGAGCAGAAGCUACAUCGAGGUGAGCCGCGGCCCGGGCCACCUGCCCCAGCAGAACGGCUUCAGGGCGGGGCCCGAGGCGGCAGAGGCGCAGAGGACGGGCCCUCGGAACAGAACAGCCCAGCCCUUCCCGGGGCCGGGGAGCCAGCCGGGGAGCCAGCCCGCAACCCCCUUCUCCCCCACGCGGAACGUGAGCAGCCCCGUCGCCGACUUCCCUGCGCCGCCGCCCUACUCCGCAGUCACACCCCCGCCCGAAGGCUUCUGCGGGGCCGCGUCCAGCCCGACCGCCGGCGCGCCCCAGCCGCCCCCGUGGCCGCAGCCCGCCGCGUGGUCCCAGGCGGCCUUCUACGACUCCUCGGAGCGCAUCGCUUCGCGGGACGAGAGGAUCGCCGUGCCGGCCAAGAGGACCGGGAUACUGCAGGAGGCCAAAAGGCGAAGCACCACAAAACCCAUGUUCACCUUUAAGGAGCCCAAAGUGAGCCCCAACCCUGAACUCCUGUCACUUCUUCAGAACUCGGAAGGCAAGAAGGGAACUGGGGCUGGGGGCGAUUCGGGGCCCGAAGAAGACUACCUCAGUUUAGGGGCAGAGGCUUGCAAUUUCAUGCAGAGCUCCUCCGCCAAGCAAAAGACUCCACCGCCUGUGGCUCCCAAGCCUGCGGUCAGGUCCUCGCCCUCCUCCCAGCCAGUAACUCCGGCUUCUGCAGUCUGGUCCCCGGGAGUGGCCCCGACCGUCCCUCCUGCCUUCCCCGCGUCCGGCCCGGCCCAGGGCACCGUCGUCUCCUCCAUCAAGAUAGCCCAGCCUUCCUCGGCCCCUGGCCGGCCCGCGAGCGCCCUCACCCUGGCUGGUCCCUUCAGGGGGCCGCACGCCGCAGUGGCCGGGCCCGGCUACACACCUAAGGCCACGGCCCCCGCCCCCACAGUGAACGCUGCGCACGCUGCUGCGGCGGGGGCGGCCGGCGAGCUUCCAGCAAUGAGUGGCAAAGGAGCCCAGCUCUUCGCUAAAAGGCAGUCCAGGAUGGAGAAGUACGUGGUGGACUCAGACACGGUGCAGGCCCACGCCGCUCGUGCCCAGUCUCCCACCCCGUCUUUGCCGGCCGGUUGGAAGUACUCCUCCAACGUCCGAGCGCCUCCUCCCGUGGCCUACAAUCCUAUCCACUCCCCCUCCUAUCCCCUGGCCGCCCUCAAGUCUCAGCCAUCAGCCCCACAGGCCUCCAAGACAAGCAAGAAGAAGGGCAAGAAACCCCUCAAUGCUCUGGACGUCAUGAAACACCAGCCGUAUCAGCUCAAUGCAUCCUUGUUCACUUUCCAGCCCCCAGAUGCAAAGGACGGCCUCCUGCAAAAGUCCUCUGCCAAGGUCGGUUCGGUGCCAGCCAUGAAGCAAGCGCUCCCUCCGCGGCCCGUGAAUGCUGGCUCGCCCACUACGGCGCAGGCCUCCUCUGUGUACUCGGUACCAGCGUAUAGCUCCCAGCCUUCCUACUUUGCAGAGGCCACCUCACCAGUCAGGGCAUCCCCAGUGCCCGUGGGCAUUCCCACCUCUCCAAAGCAAGAGUCAGCCUCUACAUCGUAUUUUGUGGCACCGAGGCCGAAGUUCUCCGCCAAGAAAAGUGGUGUCCCAGUUCAGAUUGGACACUCCCUUUCUCUUCCUGGAAGACCAGUUCCACACACCAUCUCCACAGCAUCUCCUUGGGUAUACCAGCCUGCUUAUAACCACUCCAGCAAAUCAACUGAUGAGCUAGAGAAAGCAAACAAAAGACUAACUCCUUGGGAAGCAGCAGCAAAGUCUCCUCUUGGUCUAGUGGAUGAUGCCUUUAAGCCCAGAAACAUCCAGGAGUCCAUUGUGGCAAAUGUGGUCUCAGCAGCCAAGAGGAAGGUACUUCCAGGGCGCUCAGAGGAUUGGAAUGAGAGACUGUCCUAUGUUCCUCAAGCCCAGAAGGCCAAUGUGAGCUCAUUUGCAAGGCAAGAGUAUAAUGUUGCAUCCUCAUUUAAUAAUAAUAUGUCUACCAACUACCAGUAUGGUUCACAGUUGCCAUAUGUAUAUUAUAGGCAGCCUUCCAGAAAUGAUUCUGAAAUAAUGUCCAUGGAAACUAGAUCUGAUUAUUGUCUUUCAAUAGCUGAUUGCAACUACAACCCACACCCAAGGGGAUGGAGACGCCAGACAUGAAUAUUAGAAAAACUGAUCAUGUGCCAUCUAUAAUAGUAAUUUUUGAAAUGUUCCUUUGUAGAAUGCUUCACUUUUCCAGUAGAUUUUGAUUCACUUUUGGUCUUGGCUUGUUCUCAGAAGUCAUUUAUUUGAGUUUCUCUCUCUCUCUCUCUCUGUGUGUGUGUGUGUAUAUGCAUGUGUGAGUGAUCUCUUCCUUGUCUGCUCAUGACAGAGAAUUUCUUUGAAGAACAAAUUCAUUUUCUACAUUGAUGUGCUGGCACUUAUAUCUAAUUCAUAAUAUUAAUUCCAUUUAUUCCAUUAAUAUGUGGUAGUCUAGGCAACUAAACACUGCUCAUUUAAAGUGAUAUUAAGUAUUUUCUUCUAAGUGUCUUAGUCCAGGAAGGAAUUAAUGAAACAUGAUGUACUAAUUGUCAUUAGCAGUAACAGCAAGGAAUAUAACAUUGGAGAAUUUUUCAGUGGAGCAAGCCAUUAAUGAUAAUUACAUAAAAAAGGAUUUCCUUGGUGUUAUUUUAAGCAUUUCUCUGAAACAGUAUCAAAAAACCAAUGAAAUUCAGUCUUUUAGAACUGAAAUAUUGGUGUUCUCAGAAUGAAAGAAAUAUUUGACAGAAGAUAAUUAUACAGUUCAGAAGGAUUUUUGAGGCAAAUUGUGUCAUGUAUGGGGAAUAGAAAGAUUUAGGUAUAGAAUUUAUUUUUAAUCCAUUUAAAGCCAGCAGCCUGAGACAGGAAUAGAUUCUGGGUUCAGGUACUCUCAUUUGUCAAUUGAGAAGAUCAGAUUAUUUAAUCUCUUACAUCCUUAAUAACCCUGAUAUUCUGAGAUUCUCUCAUUGGUAGAAUGGACUUUGGUGUAUUAUUCAUUUUUUGUUGCUCAUCAUAUAAACAUAGGAUUAAUUUAGGAGUGGGUUAGAUCAUCAGUGUCACUACCUAUGUAAUUAAAGGUCCAAAAGGAAUUGUUGGGGGACAGGUUUUGUGCUAUGUGUUAUGUGGAGUGAGGGUUGAUGGGAAGAAAAAAAAAAACUUUUCAUGGAUUUAAGGAAGUGGUAGAUGGAUGUGUCUGUUAUUAUGCAACCGUAGGUCAUGACCAUUUAUUUAGUUACAGAAAACAAAGCCAUCAUUAGGAUGUUCAAAGGAAGCUGAACAGCUGCUUGGUCAAUUUCAUGACCCAUGCCUUGUUAGCACAACCAUGAGACAAUCAAACACCUGCUCCUUGCUGCCAUACCCACAAAGUAUUCAGUACAAGGAAAUUCAAAGCAUCUAAUUGUCAUAGAAUUGACAGCAUUUUAAAAUAAGAAAAAAUUUUAGGUACUGAAAACUUUCUUAGAUUUUUAAAUGUGAUUGUUUUGCCUUGUUUUGCUCUUUAACUCUUGAAUUUAUCAUUAUAAUGGUGUCUUUCACAGGAUAAAGCUUAAAAAGAAAAAAAUUCCACGGUCAAAGUGAUCCCUUAUCUUGGAAGUAGAAUAUAAAAAAUCUGAAGAGAUGAUAGUAAGUUCUAUUAUUGAUGGACCCAAUCAGAUACUGAUUUGUUUAGUUAAAAAGAAAAGAAAAAAAUGCAUACUUCUAAAGCUAUAUUGUUAAUUCCCUUAAACUUAUAUGCUGUCAGUUCUCUCAAAUUAUAAAACAUAAUUAUUGAUGACUCCUAAGACUUUCUAUGAAAUCUUCAAAAAUAAUGCCUGGUAUAUUUAUCAGUAAGUCAGCAAAUUCUCAGGAAUCCCCUACAUAAAAGUCUUAUUUGCUUCAAACUUGAUGAUAUUGGCUGAAUCAUUCUAGAUGUCUGCAUCUUAAAAUAAGGAUCAUCUAGCAGAGAAGACUGCCUGACAGGAUCAGAUCCUAUUUUGUUGCUUUCUUUUAUAAAUGCUAGAAGUGGUUUCCAUUACUCCGAGGACUUAAUAUUCUCCAACUCCAGAAAUUGACAUUUAUUGUAUUAGUCACUAAAACUUUCACUGGACCCAAAAUGAAAACGCAGACAUUUUAAACUUAAACAUUAUUAUAAUAAAAUAGCCAUCCCCAUCUUCGGAUGUACUAGAUCAAAAUUAUCUUUGUGUGAAGCUAUCUGAGUUUAUUCUAGAUGUCAAGGGAAAGACAAUACAUGACAGGAAAGUUGUACGUGUUUCACUCACAAAGAAAUGAACAUCUGAUAUUUUUAUUAGAAACUGAUAUUUUAAGGAGUCAUAUAUUGAAGAUAGAAUUCUGAAGAAGCAGAAAUGCCAAUGUCAAAUCAUCACAGAAUGUAUUGUGGAAAUUGAAUCGCCAGUUUAUUUAAAAACGAGUAAAGUUAGAUUGCUUGGAUUCAAGCUAGUGUUUGAGACAGGAGACCUGCCACGCUGAUAUCCAAUUCCUGUGGGUAAGAAUACCUUAUAUCUAUAAGAUAAAAACAGCAUUUUUAAAAGAGCUGUUGCUUGUAAAUAUAUAUACCACAUUUUUUUUUUAUACCACAUUUGUUAAGACAUUUUUCUACCGUAGCAAUCACAUAGGUAGACAGAGGUCCUUUUUUUUUUUUUUUUAACCACAGAUUAAAAAGCAUGUCCUAAAAUGUUACAGUAUGCCAAUUAUAGAGACACUAAUUUGUCACCUUUCCUACAUCUGGAGUUUAAAUAUCACAUCAUUGCAUGUGUAUGAAUUGUCUGCUAUUAAAAUGAUUUAAAUUUUGUUUAGUAUUUUUAGUUUUAUAGAUGCACAGAUUUGAGGCCAUUUAUUUCUGAGUAUGUCUCUUAUGUUUUGGCACCAUCACUCACAUUGCAAAGAGUCACCCUAUUAGGGCUCAAGCAUAUAUAUGUAUUAAUGAAUUGAAACUUUGGAUGAAAAAUUGUAGCAGAUAGGCUCACUUAUUAUAAUUAGAGAUGAAUUACAAAAAUGUUAAUUUUUUCAGAGAAAGUAGAUUUUCACAUUUGAUUUCCAUUCAAAGUAGAAGUAUCUACACUGUCCACACUUUUCUAUUAAAAAUGACUAUGUUCCCCUGCCAGUUAGAUUGACAUUUCCAACUGUGUUUAUCCCAAAAGACUGUAUUUGAAAUGCAUACUGAAUAUCAAAACUACAUUAGUAAUAAAAAAGACUUGAA